UCCCUCAUCACCGAGGACCGCUCCAUUCUCCUAUCCCAAAGAGCUUCCUCAGUCUUCUUCCUCCAAACAGGCAGAGUUUUCCCUACAAUCCUGGUCAAAAUGAAGCAUUUCAGGCCCAGCUCACUCUCUCUUCCACUCCUCGCCAUGGCCAUCACGCUCUCGAUCACCACCGUCCCGGUGCGCAGCCAGAUCACCACGCCGUGCACUCCCUCCAUGAUGUCGACCUUCACGCCGUGCAUGAACUUUGUCACCAACAGCAGCCUCAACGGCACAACGCCGACCUCGCAGUGUUGCGACUCGCUCAAGUCGCUCACAAACAGCGGGAUGGGCUGCCUGUGCCUCAUUGUGGCUGGUGGCAUUCCGUUCCAGUUACCCAUCAAUCGGACCCUUGCCAUCUCGCUUCCCCGGGCCUGCAACAUGCCUCGUGUUCCCCUCCAGUGCAAAUCUACCGGUGCGCCUCUUCCUGCUCCAGGUCCUGCCACGCUCGGACCGAUUCUCUCUCCGUCAUCCUCUCCAGCGAGCAGUCCUACAGGGUCCACAGAUUCUCAACCCGUCUCACCAGCUCUGUCCCCAGAAUCCGACACGCCUUCGCUCUCAACUCCGCCAUCUUCGACAGUCAGUUCAGAGAAUCCGACGCAAACCACCGGGAGCCGCUCUAAUGUAAACCCGUCAGCCGCCAGGCCCUCCAAUGUUUUCUCACCAGUGCUGCUGCUAGUCGCAUUGGCAUCGUCUUUCUUGAAGUACUACUGAUCUACCAUGGGAUUGUCUACUUGAUUUUGUAUUAAUUUUUCUUCUUUCAAUAUUGUCUGUGGUGAUUCUUUGGGUGUGUGACUAUUAUAGUAGGGCUUUUCAGGAUAGCGGGAGAGAGAGUCAUUUGGUUAUUUGUUUGUACAAUGAGAUUAUAUUUGUUUUGUACUGCAGUAAUGAGAGUGGGAGUAAAAAUAUGCUUUCUUUUAUACUGUUUGAAGAA